UAAUAGUGUGUUGGUGAUCAAGCAUGUCUUUCUGAUUAUUGAAAAUCAUUCCAGAUGCCUAUCUGUUCUGGUGUAGCCUCCAUGUCUGACAAGAACAAUGAUUUAAAUAUAAAAUAUGAAUCAGUGCUGGUAAUUUGAAGUGUGUUGUUUUGACUAAAUUAGUCUCAAGUGGCAUCUCAGUCAGUCUGUAUAGCUGUAUAUGUGUGUAUAUCUGGCUGCAAAUUUUUAAAAUGGAAGAGUGUUACAGAUGUUCUUGGAAAAAGCAGAUGAGUCCUGCAAUACUUUCAGUGCUUGUUCUACUCAGUGUGUUCCUCUCUGUUGUGGAUGGGAUUAAUGACACAGUGAGCCCUGGUGUUGGCAAUAGUAGUUCUGUUGUCAACAUGAGCACUACAGUAAUGCCAACCACCCAGAUAACCACAGAUUUACCAACUAAUGCUACUCCACAGAAUGCUACUCCAGGAAUAAAGAUUGGUGAAUGUCACGGCUUCGAAGUGUUUGUUCUAAACAACCAGCUCAAUAUACCGUACACUGUCACAUGCUGUAUUGCUGUCCUCUGUGGAUUUUAUCUGAUUUUAUUUGGCUACAGAUUUUUUAAGAGCAGCCUUUUUCUGUUGGGGUUCCUGUUUGCCACCUUUGUCACCUACAUUAUUGGCAGUAACCAUGCUGACCUGCCAUCCUGGGGUCUUGUUGCAGUGGCUGUCGCUGUUGGAAUAUUCUGUGGGCUUUUGACGAUGUUUGUCACUUACUGUGGCCUAUUCCUUGGUGGAUUUGGCCUUGGAUUCUUCAUUGGCAUUGCUAUAUUCUUUAUUGUCGAGACAUUCUACCAUGUUUCCAUCAAGUGGAUACCAUUUGGAGUCCUCCUAGGUUUGAGUUUGAUCUUCAGCUUGCUGACGCUAAGGUGGCAGAAGGGAUUCUUCAUUGUGGCAACCUCAAUUAUUGGGGCAGCACUGAUAACGGGUGGUGUCGACUACUUCAUCGAAGAGUUUGUGUUGAUCAACUAUGCUUGGCAAAGGAUCAUGGCAGCUGAUGAAAAGGUAGACUGCUGGGUGAGUUGGGUCAUUCUAGCGAUAUGGCCUGUCAUGUUUAUCCUGGGAAAUGUGGUGCAAUUCUGCAAAACAGGAAGAAGUUACACUCACAAAAAAAGAUCAGACUCUGUGUCACUCCAAGGUGAAGAUAAAGCAAUGAAGAGAUAUCGCAGCCUAAACAUGAAUGGAGAUGUGGUGGCAAAGUCCUACUACACCAAAGAUGAAGAUGAACGACGUCCCACAGAGGUUUAACCCCCGAUGCCCAAUUGCUGCUAUACAAAUUCCCCUGCAACCUUGGUCUCCAUGAUACAUUUCUGGUUGAGUCUGUCUGGAGGGAUGUCCAGUCUCCCAUCUGUGGGAACACAAAUAGGACAUUGGACAUCCAUAUGUACAUGGAAGCUAAUCACAGCUGGGAAAAUUUGGUGAUAAGCAAAUUUAUUUUAUUUCUUUGCAGAUCAUUUUCCUUGAUCUCUUGAAGAGUAAUGCUUGCAUGAUAAAGUCUUGAUUUUGUGACGAUACCUUAACACCGAUCAGCUUUGAUACUGCAAAAGGGUUAACUCAAUAAGUAGCACAGUCUUGCAGCCGCAGCUUGUCUUGUACGCAUUACGUACCUACAGUUCUGAAUUUCUCUGUUUGUACACAAGUACAAACCGUGUGAACUGGUGUGAAAUAUUACAGUGUGACUACUCGAGCCAGGCCACUUGGAAAAGAGUGAAACAAUCAGAAUGUUACUUGAGAACAAAGGGUAGCGAUCUUUUUCUCAAAUAAACCAUUAACAUUGAAGCAAACGAUGAAUUUUAACAAAAUUGAAAACCCAGCAAAGUCCAAGGUGUUGUGUCAGAACCUCUCGGGAAACUUUGCCAUUUGUUGAUUGGUUAGUUUUGAUCCUUAAUUUUGUACGCUUUUCAAUGGUUUCAGUUUAGUGGUCACAAAUGAGUUUUUCAAGCUCAAUUUUUCGAGUGAGAUUUAUAAUAAUUAUAAUUUGUCAUAAAGGACUGAAUCUCUAAGAGUGAAUAUAAUGCAGAGGAGUCGACAAUGUAUAUGUUUUCAUGUCAAACACUGUUACUUGCUGUCACGAGAAGCUUCCCAGUCCAUUGUUCUCAGUUUACAUUUUGAUUUGUUACUUUUCGUCAAGGUGGCGCAGUUUGAGUUACUAGCCGCACUGUAACAGGCAGAAUCUUUAGUUUCGUGUGCACGUACUUCAGGAUAUUGGCACACAUGAUCAAUGUGUGAAAUGAUCAUAUUUGUCAAAAUUUAAAGAAUUCUAUUUCCAGUUAACCAUGAUUCGAGAGUUGAAGUUGAUUCCAUUUAUUGUAUUUAUAUUUUUAUGAUGAAAAAUCAAAUUAUUUCUGUGCUAAGGCACUGUUAUGUAUAAUGUAAUAUGUCAAAAGGUCUCGAUUGAUUUGACUUUUAAGAUUGUAUUCAAUACACAAUUUAUGUGCAUAUUUAGGAUUUCUUUUAACUUCAACAGCAGUACCUAAGGUGUUUGAAAAGCAUUUGUAAUAUUCAUAUUUAAUUUGUAGUUAGUAAGUUAUCUUCUUUAGGCUAUUUUUAGCCAUUUUAGUUUCUUUUAUUGAGGUAAAUGUAAUCAUUAUUGCCAUUUUCAGGGCUGUCAAUUAGGGCCGUAACCCAUAACACCUGCUUUAGCUGAGUCUGUUUGAUAGGUCCAUGAUGUUAUGGGUGACUGACUAUAGUUGAAACAAUUCACCCAUAAGGUAUCAAGUUUAUUGCGUGUAAAGAUCAAGACUACAAGUGAAUCAAAAGUUAAUGACAGCCCUGAUUUUACUCAUACAUUUAUAGAAAUUACACUGAUUUUUUUGUAGAUAUUAAUUUUAAUGACUACCUUUUCAUUGUAAUAUUUGUGAAACAGCAGUUUAAGAAUCCCAAUGCUAUGGUAAUACUCCUAAACUUGCUUGUUUCAAUUGUGAGGAUGAUUUUAGCAAUAACUUAUCAUGCAUGUAACACCUGUAAUUUUGUUUUAAGUGCGUUUGGUUGGCGUUAAUAAUGACAGUUUAAGAGAUGGGAGUAUGUUUGGAAAAUCAGUAGCUUGGUAUUAAGAAGAAUGCCCUUGUAAAGAAGAUAUUUUGUAGAAUAGUGUACAGAUUGGCUUCAAUAAAGAUUUAGUGUAACAAA